CACUUCCGCCUAUUCCAAAAGCUCGCAGACAUCGCGGCGGCGGCGCAGAGAGGGAGAAAGUUUCCGAGAUUUUCACGCUGCAGAGACUUUUCUGUUACAGAAACUCACUGGAGGGCUUUUCUAAUCUGCGAAUAUUUGUAUAGAAGACGCCAAGAAGACGGGCGACUGCUCCUCUCUCUAUUUUUACUUCGGAGUCAACAACAAACAGUCAACACAGCAAAAGAGAACGUGUAAGUGAAAGUGAAACCUAUGAAACUUUGGCCAUCUGAUGGCUACGGCUGGUCAAGUUCCCACAGAUGGGGUGAACCCGACAGAUGUGUUUAUUCUGUUUUGGAGGAGGAGGUUGUUUCCUCGGAGAGGAACGACUGGAACUGGUAGGAUGGCGUCUUUAGAAGGCCUGGGCUCCCCAAGUUCAUCACAGACCAAUAAGAAAACUAUUGGUCAUCGUGGGAUUGAUCCUACAGGGGAGACUACAUACAAAAAGACCACGUCGUCCGCCCUGAAAGGUGCCAUCCAGCUAGGCAUCACGCAUACUGUGGGCAGCUUAAGUCAGAAACCAGAGAGAGAUGUGCUCAUGCAGGACUUUGAAGUAGUGGAGAGCAUAUUCUUUCCCAGCGAGGGCAGUAAUUUGACCCCAGGCCACCACCAUGGCGACUUCAGGUUUAAAACCUAUGCUCCAAUCGCCUUCCGCUACUUCAGAGAGAUGUUUGGGAUUCGACCUGAUGACUACCUGUAUUCUCUUUGUAAUGAGCCGCUGAUAGAGUUGUCGAACUCUGGGGCGAGUGGCUCUCUGUUCUAUGUCUCCAGUGAUGACGAGUUCAUCAUUAAAACGGUCCAGCACAAGGAGGCAGAGUUCCUGCAGAAGCUGUUGCCUGGGUACUUCAUGAACCUGAACCAGAACAAGCGGACGCUGCUUCCAAAGUUUUAUGGGCUCUACUGCGUUCAGUCUGGAGGAAAGAACAUACGCAUUGUGGUUAUGAACAACUUGCUCCCCCGCGCCGUCCCCAUGCAUUUAAAAUAUGACCUGAAGGGCUCUACGUAUAAGCGUCGGGCCUCGCCUAAGGAGCGCACCAAAAGCCUGCCCACCUGCAAAGACCUGGACUUCAUACAGGACCUCCCCGAUGGUCUGCAGCUGGAGAAUGACCACUACAACGCACUCUGCAAAACCAUCCAGCGAGACUGUCUGUUGCUGCAGAGUUUCAAGAUCAUGGACUACAGUUUACUCGUGGGGGUUCACAAUGUAGAACGGGCUGGAGAAGAGGCGUCCACAGCAGUGUCUGACCAUAGAAGGGCUCAGGGCCAGAAGGCCCUGUACUGUACAGCCAUGGAGGCAAUCCAGGGGGAGGCCAAGGGGAAAACUCCACCACAGUCCAAUGAGAGCUUGGGGGGAAUCCCAGCACGCAACUCAAAAGGGGAGAGGCUACUGAUCUUUAUUGGCAUUAUUGACAUCCUGCAGUCCUACAGGUUGGUGAAGAAAUUGGAGCACUCGUGGAAAGCCUUAGUACAUGAUGGGGACACAGUGUCGGUACACAGGCCUGGCUUCUAUGCAGACCGCUUCCAGAAGUUCAUGUGCAACACUGUGUUCAGGAAAAUGUCAUUAAAAACAUCCCCUUCUAAGAAGACUCGAGCAGGUGUGGUGUCUGCUGUGCGGAAGGCCAACACUGCCGUAUCUGGACAAAGUCAUCAGCCUCAGCCAUCGGCUACACCAUCAUCAGCUAACGUGACGCAGACAAAUGCAGAACAAACCCAUCCAGACCAGGACACGACCCAGCUAUCCAACAGCAGUGCUAUCUCCCUCACUUCAGAGAAACCAGGAGAUGGAGAUAUGCAGCCCCGCCCUGACCUGCUCCCAAGACUUCUUACUCAAGAUGAUGUCACAAGCAACUCAGCUGACACAACACACUCAACAUUUUCUCUAGGAAGCCUUGAACCUGCACCCAGCACUCCAGUCUUGAGAGAGGAAGAGCAGAAGCCCUGCAGUGCAGAUCAGAGCCAGAGUGUUCAAGAAAACACUGUAUCUGCCCAGUCGUUAGAGGAGAGUCUGAAUGUUGAGGUCAUCUCUCUCAGCGAUGUAAUCCCUCAGACUGGCAGCUGUUACUGAUACAAUGGUUGAAGGAGGAGAGACAGACUAAAGCCUGUGGGUGGACAUCGAGAGAAGCUGAUCAGGAAGGAAGAGAAAAAAGUCAAAGUAAGGUGGAAGCAGAAAGCAUGCUACUCUGCUGCAGUGUUAGAAAAGGGAAGCAAAAAGAAGAGACUCCAAAAGGGCAAACCACAGAAAAGACUGUAAAUACAAAGACCUUUUAUGGAUGAUUACCACAUCCAGGGUCGCUGCUAAAGAGACAUUGUCAGUAGGAAGAUGCCAGUGUUGCACAUCGGGAGUUCCAAACCACUGUUCUUACAGCAUUCAAACAUGACAACAGUGCCUUAAUCAUACAGUGUGCCUGCAGUGACAGCUCACAGGAACAAGAAUAUUUUACAGUAGAAGGAUCUUCUUUUACAAGGAUCUUUAGUAAACCAAAAUGUUUUUUGUUUUUUUAAACCAGAGACUGUUUACCAAUGAGACAGACAAAAUCAGUGCUGAGAAACAUAGACACUUGCAUGACCAAGGAGGUGCAUACUUAACGCACAGGUCGAAUCAAAAGGUGUCUGUUGUUGGGGUGAGGGGGAAGUAGUUGAACAACUGUAGUUGAUGUUGCUAUUAAAAGUUGAAAUAACCUUAGCCUCAGCUUUGUAAACAGUUGUUGCAGAUAAGUUUCAUGCAUCAUUGAUAAUAUUGUGAAUAUGCAUCAGGGCUGUCUGAUGAUGGGGGUUUCAGAGAUUAAAGAACCUGCAUGUUGAUUUAUUCAUGUAAUAUUAAAGUAUGUUUUAAAGUGCCAAGGCAGAGUUGAAUAAACUGGCAGGGCAGGAUAGUUUUAAUACUACAACAAACAAGGCUUUUGAAAAACUCUGUACAUUAGCCACUGCAAAAUUUUAGCCAGAGAUGUUUAAAAGUUGCUUCAUGCAAGUCCUAGUCAAGGUUUCUUAUAACUAGGUUUAGGACCAGAGGGAGUUUUAUUUUAUUAUAAUUAUUAUUUUUUUAUCUUUCAAAAAUUCAAUGUCUGGGUAGUCAGUGCAGUACUUGGUAUUUACGGUUUAAGUUAAAAAAAUAAUUAAAAAAAAAGCCAAGACUGCCUAUGAGAAAAAGAAAUAAAAAGCAUUUUGCAUUGUGGCAGUGACUACAGUUGCCAAGGUAAUUAACUACAAUACUCAUAAUGCAAUGUCCUCAAACCCCAACACUGCACAUGACCAUAGUAAAACUAAAAGGUAAAUUUCACACAGAUUAGCAGUCUUAAUUCAGUCAGCUUUGUUCGUACUUUCCCCCCAUUUGGCUGAAAUUUCUUGAGUCCCUAGUCUAGAGUUCGAGGCGAGUCGUGAGUCAUUUAAGCACGUCGGAGACGAGUUAUCAAUUAGGUCUCGAGUUAAAGUUGCUUACUAGAGUCCCCAUCUCAGUUCUAUCUCAUGUAAAUUUCACACUAGUCCAGAUUGUCUGUGUAAGAGAUGAAGACAGAAGUUAAUGUGUGUGCCGUUUAAUAAAGCUGAAGAGUAGAGUUGAACUGAUUGGUAGAAUGUACUGAUGUCAAAUAUAGUCCUAUUCCAGUGCCUGCAGGCUUGCUAUUAAAGAGAAAACAUACAGCAUGUUUACUGUACCUUUCACUAUAUUAUUCAUUUAGAUAGCUUGAGAAAAUUGGUGCUUUGCUGGCAGUUAACUUCAGCUUUCUGUUAUUUAUUAUCUGGAUGAUUUUGCUUAAAAAAAAGAUAUAAAACCAAAGGGUUGCUGACGUUUGAGUAAAUGGGGUGAGUGAGAGAUCACAUAUAUCUUUGCUGGUAUUUCCACUAUACAAUAUAUAGCUCAGUAUUGUACAUUUAUAGUUUCUAAACUAUACUUAUUACUUUAUUCUAAGCUUCUCAAUUAGUACAAUCCAACAGAUAAUAGAAAAAAAGUGUGCUGGAAUGUGAUGAUGACGAUGAUUUUGCGAAAAACCUUUGUGAACACUAGAUGGCAGUACACUGAUUUUGUUAUUUUGACUUGGUGACUUUGAUUAAUAAGUGUUGAGCACAACUGAAGACUAACAAAAUGUAAAGGGCCCAUAUCAUGGAAAAACAAAUUUUUGUAGCCUUUCUUUUGAUGUAGUUUGUAGUUUUUUUUUAUGUAGUUCGAUAUAAAUACUGUUGAUGUUCCAAUAUGUAUUAUUCACUCUCCACUCCAUACAGUCCAAAGCAUGUAAACUAAGCUGGUUUUUGUGAUGUGACAAAAACCAAUGCAUUUGCAUCUUAAGCCCUGCCCAUUCACACUGAAGUUAUAAGGAGUGUUUCAGCCUGGACUAACUCAUUUAUCUGUCUUAAAGGCACAGCAAACACACACAAACAAAAAAAAAUCUGGAGUAGAGGUCAGAAAAGGUCAUAUAAAAUUUAAUUAUGACAAUACAAACAUGCACAAAUGUCUUACGUGGACUUCGGAGGGAGGGAUGCAGGAUAUGGGCCUUUUAAACUUAGCUGUGAAAUGUGCAUCAAAAAAUUAGUACUGUCUGAUUGAUAUGUUAAAAAAAAGGCAAAUAUGUUUGUAAUAUGCUAGAAUUGUGGGAGAACUGGAGAACGUUUCUGGAGAACGUUUCUUAGCCACAUUAGCACAGACUUUUCUGCCACAACACAAAAGCAUAUUUGAUCUGUAUAGUUAAAGUUCUCAGCUUUGCCACGGUUCUUUUAACCUACAGUUGCCUUACACAUGAGUAUUUAAUAUGUUUAUACAGUGGUGAAUCGCAGUCAAGAGGCAUUGGAGGCAAAAAACAAGUCUUCUGCAAUGAAAAUGAGAACAUUCCCAUAUGUAUUUCUAUGGUAAUAUGUGUAUUGGAGCUGCCUCUUUUGCUGGAACGUAAGAGCUCAAUGUGACGGCUAGCAUGAAGACAGUUAAAGGAAGCAAGCCUGUACACAUAACUAUUUAUUUAUAAGUGUAAUUUAUUUCUUUACGUUUCCAAACGUGUAUUAUGUCGUAUGCCUGGGGUUUAUGCAAUAUAUAGUAUAAGAAUGCCGGUCUAUGUUUCCGGGUUGUAACGUCUGCAAAACCUGUCAAUGAAUGGUGUCAUGGACCGUGAGACUGUAAGUGUGGGCAGCUCAGCCUGGCAUCUCUCGAAGUCUGUGAGAACACCUGUUUCAGGAUACUAAGAUACUUGGAGCUUGCUCUGCUGGACAUGCUGGAGUUGACCUUCUGUUUCUCUCACUCCAAGAACUAUUUAAAAUAGUAGGUUCUUAUAAUUAUUCAUUGUCUACCCAGGCAAUUCUCUGCAGAUGUUUUUGCUUUCUAUUAAAGAGGAUAUAUCAAAUGGGUUACUUUUGUAUGGUUUUAGCUGUUCUUUUUUGUGCUGACAGUUUUUCAUACUGUAUUCAGAAUAAAUUAAAAAACGAACAAAAUCUUA